GCGCCGCUCCCGGAGCAGUGACCGAUUCCAGAAAAUCCAGCAUAGGCAGACGGAAACUUGUCCAGCAGAAAAAUGUCCCACAAUCAGCGUCAAAUCCAUCAAGACUGGGCCAAUAGGGAGUACAUCGAAGUCAUCACAGCCAGUAUCAAGAGAAUAACGGACUUUCUCAAUUCUUUCGACAUGUCCUGUCGCUCCCGGUUGGCCGUUUUGAAUGAGAAACUGACCAUUCUGGAGCGGAGAAUUGACUACUUGGAGGCUUGUGUGACAAAAGGUGAAACCCUCACGUAGGCGUGGUCCCCCCGGAAUUAAAUCAUCAAACCUUCCCGGAAAGAAAGUCUCCCACAUUUUUUUGAGUGUAAAUAUUCCAUUGAGAAAGAAGAGAUUUGUGAGUCAGA